AUGCUAUACCGCCACAACCCAAUACUCAGUCGUUACUUUCACCACAUCAGCAAAACAGAAAGACGUAUAUUCAUGAUGUCAAAAUUUGGUCCUCCAAUCAAUAGAUCAAUGACGCAAUUGGAUCGUGAUUUUUUCCGCAAAGACGUCACUCUCUUGGCUGCCUACUUUCCCCAGCCUCAGUUCUUGGCCCGUUUUGUCAAAGAGUGCAAAAAAGACAUUUUAAUGCUCCCUUCCAUCAAGCAUAUAGUGCCCAUGGAAAUGUCCAAGGCAGUCCUCCUCAGAGACGAUAUCGACGACAUUAGCCAAAUCUCCGAGGACACCAGGGCAAAAAUGGACGAAAUGAACGUCCAGCUAAAGCCGUAUACGAUGUCUUUGGAUUACAAUUUCUGGAAGGCUGACGAUAUUCUCAGGGCAGUUUUACCAGAAGACUUGUUGGAUGAAAUUCCUACAGGAUUUGCUCAAGCAGGUCAUGUUGCCCACUUGAACUUACGGAACGAAUUCAAACCUUAUGGUCUGCUCAUUGGACAGGUUAUUCUUGACAAAAAUUCAAAAGUGGAAACUGUGGUGGAUAAACUUGAUACUAUCGAUACCAAAUUCCGCACGUUCAAAAUGCAAGUGCUAGCAGGAAAAGACGAUCUCAAUGUGGAACAGAGCGAAAGCGGGUGUCGGUUUCAAUUUGAUUUUAGUAAAGUGUACUGGAACUCUCGUUUGAACACAGAACAUGAACGGUUAAUCGACCUGUUCAAGCCACACGAAGCUGUUGCAGAUGUGUUUGCAGGAGUAGGUCCUUUCGCCGUGCCUGCGGGAAAGAAAAAUGUGGUAGUUUUGGCCAACGACUUGAACCCAGAAUCUUUCAAAUAUCUCAAAAACAACAUAACUUUGAACAAGACUGACGAUUUUGUGAAACCUUAUAAACUCGACGGAAGAGAAUUCAUACGAAAGUCCCCAUACUUGCUCCUUGAGUGGGCUAAUUCUGUGCAAAGUAUAGAGAAGAAGAGAGUGGUGAAACGUCGCAAAAUUGACCCAGAAACAAAGAAAGAAAUUACGUCCAAAGGAACCGAAGUUACAACGGUGAAAAUUCCCAAGUUUAUCACUAACUAUGUUAUGAACUUGCCUGAUUCUGCAUUGACUUUCCUUGAUGAGUUCAUAGGUCUUUACAGCGACCCAGCAGUUAGAAAAGUUGUUGAAAACGAGCCCAACUUUGAACCUCCAACCGUCAAUGUUCACUGCUUCGAAAAGUUCUCACCUCACGAACCAGAACCUACCCUCGAGGAACUCCAUCAUCGCAUACACAAAAGAAUUAGGGAUCUACUCAAAUGCGAGCUUCCCUUCGAGAAGUGCUCUUUCCAUCUUGUACGGAGAGUAGCACCUACAAAACCGAUGUUUUGCGUAACAUUCCAGCUUCCUCACGAGGUUGUGUUUCGCAAUUAG